AUGUCUGAACAAGUUGAUCAAAAGAACCUUCAAAAGGACCCUGUCACUGGAGAAAUGAUCUCCAAGUCUGAAUUCAAGAGACGUGAGAAGGUCCGCGCCAAGGAAGCUGCUAAGGCUGCUAAGGCUGCUGCUGCUCCUCCCAAGGAGGUCAAGUCCAAGAGCGCUGAAGAAGGUGAGGAGGAAUUGAACCCCAACCAAUACUUUGAGUUGCGUUCCAAGACCAUCAACAAGCUCCGUGAAAACCCUAGCCCUGAGCCUUAUCCCCACAAGUUCCAUGUUGAUAUGAGCCUUCCCGAUUUCAUUGAAAAGUUCAGCAGCCUUGAAGUCGAUAAGCGUCUCGACGAUCAAAUCAUCUCUGUCGCUGGUCGUAUUCACAACAAGCGUGCUUCUGGUGCCAAGUUGAGAUUCUAUGAUUUGCACGGUGAGGGUGUCAAGAUUCAAGUCAUGGCUUCUCUCCAAGAUAACGAAGGUGAUGAUUAUGCUGAGAUCCACGAUCUCCUGAGACGUGGUGAUAUUGUGGGUGUCACUGGUAUUCCUGGUAAGACCAAGCGUGGUGAGCUCUCCAUCUUCCCCAAGAAGGUCACUCUCUUGUCUCCCUGUCUUCGCAUGUUGCCCAAAGCCAACUACGGUUUCAAGGAUAUGGAGCUUAGAUUCCGUCAACGUUACCUCGAUUUGAUCAUGAACAACUUUGUCCGCGACAAGUUUGCUAUUCGCUCCAAGAUCAUCACCUAUGUUCGUUCUUUCUUUGAUCAACGUAACUUCCUUGAAGUCGAGACACCCAUGAUGAACACAAUUGCUGGUGGUGCCACUGCUAAGCCAUUCAUCACUCACCACAACGACUUGAAGCUGGAUAUGUUCAUGCGUGUCGCUCCUGAGUUAUACUUGAAGAUGUUGGUUGUUGGCGGUCUUGAUCGUGUCUAUGAAAUUGGCCGUCAAUUCCGUAACGAAGGUAUCGAUAUGACUCACAACCCUGAAUUCACCACUUGUGAGUUCUAUAUGGCUUACGCCGAUAUGUAUGAUUUGAUGGAUAUGACUGAAGAACUCAUUUCUGGUAUGGUCAUGAAGCUCUUUGGCAAGUAUCAAAUCCAAUACCACCCUCAAGGCCCUGAGGGUCCCGCCAUGGACAUUGAUUUCACCCCUCCCUUCAAGCGCAUUGAUAUGAUUGAGACCUUGGAAGAAAAGUUGGACUGCAAGUUCCCUCCUGGAGAUCAACUUCACACUGCCGAGACCAACAAGUUCUUGUCUGAUCUCCUCGCCAAGCACGAAAUCGACUGUUCCGAGCCUCGCACCAACGCUCGUAUGUUGGACAAACUCGUUGGUGAAUACCUCGAAAACACUUGUGUCUCUCCUACCUUCAUUACCGGUCAUCCUCAAAUGAUGUCUCCUUUGGCCAAGAAGCACCGUAGCCGCCCUGGUCUCUGUGAGCGUUUCGAGAUGUUUGUUGCCACCAAGGAAGUGUGUAACGCCUACACCGAAUUGAACGAUCCCUUUGAUCAACGUGAUCGUUUUGCUGAGCAAGCUAACCAAAAGGCUGCUGGUGAUGAUGAAGCUCAAUUGAUUGAUGAAAACUUCUGUCAAUCUCUCGAAUUUGGUCUUCCUCCCACCGGUGGUUGGGGUAUGGGUAUCGAUCGUCUUGCCAUGUUCUUGACCAACUCCAACAACAUCAAGGAGGUUCUCUUGUUCCCUGCCAUGAAGCCCGAGGAAAACAACUAG